UAAAUACAAUAACAACAGUACAAAUUACUGCCAAUUCAAGUUUUUCCAUAUAUUAUAUUUUACUUUACUUGGAAAACAAAUGAAAAAUUAUAUAACUCAUUGUCCAUGCAAGUGCAAAAAUAGAUAUCUCCAUCCUAUUCGAAAAUCAGAGAACAAGGAAUUAUUAUUUGAACAAAAUAUUCACUGCGCCUGUACGUGCAAAAAUCGAUUUCUAUAUCCAGUUUAUAGAGAUAAUAUUAAAAAUAAAGCGGAUAUCGAUAUGUUUGGAAAAAAUUACAAUGAAAAACCUUACAGUAGUAGUUCAAAAUUUACUGAAAACAAAAUUUUGAAUCGUGGGCCAACUGAAGAAUCUAGUGAAAGUGAUUCUAGUUUAGUCGCACACUCCAGUUCCAAACUUCCAUCGCCAAGAGCCAGUAUGAAAAUAGGAUAUUUUGUGAAUCAAUCCAAUGGUGAAAUAACUAACCCAAAUGUAAAAAUUCGCUCUAAUAAAUCAUUCAAGAGUCUUACUUUGGACGAUUUUAAUAGGCCAAAUAUUUGUAAACAAAUUCGUGAAUAUAAACCAUCAAGUAAUGGCUAUCAGAAAGAGUUAAUACCUACGAAAAUACCUGUAUAUGUAAAAAAGAAAAGAAGAGCUAUAACUCAAGAAGAAGAAUGUCAUAAACAUAAGUUAACAAAUAUCUCUUCGGAGAAGCAAAAUACCAAAUUUGAAUCAAAAUCGAAACCAUCUAAAAUGCAGAUGAAUUAUAAAACUACUGAGGACUCUUCAGGAACAAGUUUAAGUAAAAUACCCAAAUAUGUGAUACCGAAGCAAUAUCAAGAACAAUAUUCUAAUGGAAAAGUACUUCAAGCAAAAAAGCCAAUGAUGAAUAUAGAAUCAGAAGAAUAUCCACCCAACAUUCCUAUUGCGGGUUGGAUGACAUCAUUGGAUAGUCAACAAGAUAUUGCUAAAGAGAGCACCACCCAGGAAACUCAAACUAAUCCCUUUCCAAUAAUGUUACAAAGUAAUCACACAAAACUAGACAGUUCUGUGAGUAGUCUAUUUAAAUUGGAUGAUGAUUGUACACUGACGCGAAAAUACAAUUAUAAAACAAUAAGUACUCAAACCAUAUUAACUAAAAGCUCAUCAUCAUUUACUCAAACCGAGGAGGAUACAGUUCAACCGGUUAAUAGUAAAGAAAUAUUACCUGAAGAUCAACAAAAUCCUAUUGAAGUUGAAGUUUCAAAUCGUGGUGUAAUUUUGUUUGGAGCAUAUAUAAAGUAUCCGGAUCUUACAAAGAAAUUUUUUUCCAUUUCUAAGAUUACUAAAGAUGCCUUCAUUCCAAUUCUACUAACCGCAGUGUUUUCGUUUGGACUGGGUGCUAUGUUAUUCAGUAGGUUCACGGUUGAAAAACAAAGUCUUUCAACAAAAUUAUUCAAUAUAUUAUUUUAAAAAUGCUCUAGAAUCUUU